AAUGAUAAUCUAAAUUCGUGUUCCUAACUUUUGUUGAAGAUGGCCAGAUUUUUUCUUUUUCAAAGUAAACCUGCUCAACGCACCAGAGAUUCAACGGUUGUAGAUAUUAACUUUGUUAUGAAAGAAAAGACUUUCUCCAAUCUGGUAUAAUUAGAACAAGCAAGAUGGAUUUCUUGAGUUGGUUACAGUGCCUUCUCUUCUUCUUAGUCUUGAUUCAGGCCCUCCGUUCAAUCACAAGAAGGAAAGGAAGAACGGACAAGCUUCCUCCAGGUCCUGCCAUAAUUCCAAUCUUUGGGAACCUCUUCCUGCUUGGCGAAAAACCCCACAAGUCCCUUGCCAUGCUUGCGAAGACCCAUGGGGACAUAAUGACUUUGAAACUUGGCCAAAAAACUACUAUAGUUGUUUCCUCUGCAUCCAUGGCCAAAGAAAUCCUCCAAAAGCAUGAUGCGGCUUUCUCUAACCGAACCAUUCCCGAUGCCGUUCGUGCCCUUCAACACCACGAAGCGGGAAUGCCUUGGAUGCCUGUUUCAACAACAUGGAGACUUCUUAAGAAAAUCUGCAACUUUCACAUUUUCGCUAGUCAGAGACUUGACGCCAAUCAAUACUUGCGGCGCAGCAAAGUUGAAGAACUCCUUGCUGAUGUUCAUGAAAGUUGCCGUGUCGGAGAAGCAAUUGACAUAGGCCAAGCAGCUUUCAAAACUACGCUUAAUUUUUUAUCCAACACUAUUUUCUCCAUCAAUUUAGCUGACUCCUCUGAUACUGCUCAGGAGUUCAGAGAAAUUGUGCAGGGUAUUGAGGAAGAGUUGGGAAAACCCAACUUUGGUGAUUAUUUCCCUAUUAUUCUUGCUAUUAAUCUUGACUUGCAGGGCAUAAGGCGUCGGAUGACAAUUCAUUUAGGGAAACUGAUGAGUCUUUUUGAUAAAGUGAUCGAUGAGCGGUUGGAGUUGAGAAAGAUGAACGAUUAUAUAUCAACUAAUGAUUUCUUGGAUACUCUACUUCACAUUAGUGAAGAUAACGAAGAGCUUGAUAGAAAUCUUAUCAAACACUUGCUUCUGGAUUUGUUUACAGCGGGAACUCAGACAACUGCAAGUACAUUGGAAUGGGCAAUGGCGGAAUUACUUCGUUGCCCAAAAGCUUUACUGGAAGCCCGCAGGGAACUUAAGCAAAAUAUCGGCCAAGGCAACCUGGUGGAUGAAUCAGACGCUGCUUGUUUACCUUACUUGCAAGCAGUUGUCAAGGAAACCUUGAGGUUGCAUCCACCAGUUCCUUUUUUACUCCCUCGAAAAGCUGAAGCAGAUAUUGAAAUUCAUAACUUCAUCGUUCCAAAGGGUGCACAAGUGUUGGUCAACGCAUGGGCUAUAGGCAGGGAUCCCAACUUCUGGGAGGAGCCUGAUUUAUUUCUUCCAGAGAGGUUCAUAGGAUCAGAAAUGGAUGUUAGAGGUAGGGACUUUAGACUGAUUCCAUUUGGUGCAGGGCGACGAAUUUGUCCUGGAUUACCGUUGGCCAAAAGAAUGUUGCCCUUGAUGUUGGGUACGCUUGUUCAUUCAUUUGAUUGGGAACUUGAAGAUGGAGUUACACCUGAAAGCUUGAACAUGGAUGACAAAUUUGGUCUUGUUCUACCUAAAGCCCAACCAUUAAGAGCUAUCCCAAUUUCAAUUUGAUCAUGUGUUGCUAUAUCUGCUUGUUAUUGUUAUCUAUAUAUUAAAGAUAAACUUAUUUCUGUUUUGGUCGUG